AUGGGUAAAAAAAAAAUUAUGCUUCAAGAAACGGCGCCAAAAGUAGGAUCUUCAUUCGGCGAGAAGAUUCUAAGGAAGUACGGAUGGGAGGAUGGCAAGGGACUGGGCAAAUAUACUAAUGGUACAAUUGAACCCAUAGUAUUACAAGCAAACAGUGGUUGCAGAGGGAUGGGAGACAAUGGCCGUAAUGAUGACAAGCCAGGGGAGUGGGAUGACUGGUGGACUUCAAUGUACGACAAUAUGGCCUCCAAGAUCACCAUUCGGCCCCGCAACUGA